AUGGCAGAAAUUGUAAAACCAAAUCUCCUCCUAUCCACAGAGACCACCAAUUUUGAUGAUGAGACAAGCUCCAUGGUUACUUCUCUCGAGACAUCGAUUUUUCAGAUGGGUUUUCCUUUGGAGACCGAAGAGAUAAUUACAGAGAUGAUUGGUAAGGAGAGACAACAUUCACCUAGAGAUGAUUACCUCAAGAGACUCAGAAAUGGAGAUUUGGAUUCCAAUGUCAGAAAUCAAGCCCUUGAUUGGAUUUGGAAGGCUUGUGAGGAACUUCAGUUUGGACCAUUGUGUAUAUGCUUAGCGAUUAACUACUUGGAUCGUUUCUUAUCAGUUCAUGACUUGCCUAGUGGUAAAGCUUGGACUGUGCAAUUGUUAGCUGUUGCUUGUUUAUCAUUGGCAGCCAAAAUUGAGGAAACUAAAGUUCCUGAGUUAUUACAUUUGCAGGUUGGAGACCCGCGGUUCAAGUUUGAGCCUAAAACGGUUCAAAGAAUGGAACUUUUGGUGUCUAAUGUAUUGAGAUGGAGGUUACGAGCCGUGACACCGUGCUCUUACAUAAGAUACUUUCUUGGUAAGAUCAAUGGAUAUGAUCAAGAACCAUCUAGCAGAUUGGUAUCUAGAUCACUACAAUUGAUAGCAAGCACAACCAAAGGUAUUGACUUCUUGGAGUUUAGAGCUUCAGAGAUUGCUGCUGCAAUUGCUCUUUCUGUUUCUGGAGAACUUCACACAACACACUUUGACAAAUUCUCCUUCUCUUCUUUCUUCUCACACCUUGAAAAGGUAAGAAAAAAGUUAACCAAAAGUCUCUUUUCGUAA